AUGUUAAGAAACCAAAGUUGCGCCAGGCUUGUCAAGCCCAUCGCGACCCCUAAAGGAAGACUGCUGAGAAGACCGUGCUACAGGCACGUCUCGACUGGCAGCAGUGCCAACGCUGGCGGCGGCGCCGGCAGCGCCGCCAGCAGCCAGUGGUUCAAGUACUCGGUUAUUGCUUCCUCCGCUACGCUGUUCGGCUAUCUGUUCGCCAAGAACCUGUACUCUAAGGAGACCAAGCAGGACCUGAUCGAGCGGCUGGAGAUGGUCAAGAAGAUCGAUCCGGAGAACUCCACGUUGAAAUUGUCCUCGCUGGACUCGCCGGACUAUCAGCACGACCCUGUUAAGAUCGACCAGGUUGUCGGAGAGCUGAAGCAUCUGCUAGGCGACGACCCGGAAAACUACUCCGAGUCGACCUCUGACCUAGACGCUCACUCGGAUACAUACUUCAACACGCAUCAUCCGUCCUCGGAGCAGAGACCCAAGAUCAUUCUGUUCCCUCACACUACCGACCAAGUCUCCCAAAUCCUGAAAAUAUGCCACGAUAACAACCUCCCAGUGGUGCCCUUCUCGGGCGGAACCUCUCUUGAGGGCCAUUUCUUGCCCACAAGGAUCGGCGACACCAUUACCGUGGACCUGUCCAAGUUUAUGAACGGCAUCGUCAAGUUCGACAAACUGGAUCUGGACAUCACCGUCCAGGCCGGUCUACCGUGGGAAGAUUUGAACGACUUCCUGGGCGACCACGGCAUGCUGUUCGGCUGUGACCCUGGUCCAGGUGCCCAAAUUGGUGGUUGUAUUGCUAACUCUUGUUCUGGUACCAACGCCUACCGCUACGGCACCAUGAAGGAGAACAUCAUAAACAUGACCGUGGUACUACCUGACGGUACCGUUGUCAAGACCAAGAAAAGACCCAGAAAAUCGAGUGCCGGUUAUAAUCUCAACGGGUUGUUUGUCGGAAGUGAGGGGACUCUGGGCAUUGUCACUGAGGCCACUGUCAAGUGUCACAUCAAGCCCAAGGCAGAAACCGUCGCUGUUGUGUCCUUUGACACUAUCAAGGAUGCCGCUGCGUGCGCCUCUAGUCUUACCCAAAACGGUAUACAACUGAACGCCAUGGAAUUGCUGGACGAAAACAUGAUGAAACUGAUCAACGCCUCUGAAUCCACAGACAGGUGCGACUGGGUCGAGAAACCAACAAUGUUUUUCAAGAUUGGCGGCAGAUCUACAGACAUCGUCAACGCCGUUGUGGAUGAAGUCAAAGCUGUUGCCCAACAAAACCACUGCAACAGUUUUAACUUUGCCAAAGAUGAUGACGAAAAAUUGGAACUAUGGGAAGCCAGAAAGGUCGCCUUAUGGUCCGUGUUAGACGCCGACAAGAGUAAAGAUAAAUCCGCCAAAGUAUGGACCACCGACGUGGCUGUCCCACUAUCUCAGUUCGACAAAGUCAUUCAUGAAACCAAAAAGGACAUGCAGGCAAGUAAAUUGAUCAACGCCAUCGUCGGCCAUGCAGGUGAUGGUAACUUCCAUGCCUUCAUUGUAUAUAGGACCCCUGAAGAGCAUGAAGUGUGUAGCCAAUUGGUCCAUAGAAUGGUCAAGAGAGCCCUGGAUGCCGAAGGUACAUGCACAGGUGAGCAUGGGAUUGGUAUCGGUAAAAGAGAGUACUUGGUGGAAGAACUAGGUGAGGCUCCUGUUGAUUUGAUGAGAAAAAUCAAACUGGCCAUUGAUCCGAAGAGAAUCAUGAACCCGGACAAGAUUUUUAAAAUUGAUCCUAAUGAACCCGCCAAUGACUAUAAAUGA